GGCACUUGGACAGAGUGGUAGAGGCAUGCUCAACCCACGGAACGACUCGUGGUUCAGCUCUGCGCGGUACGCCGGGCAGCGCAAGGUGGCGGCCGGAGUCGCGCUUGCGCUUGUCAUGCUGUAUGUGCUUGCUGGGGGGUCGGGCGAGGGCAUGGAUGGCGGCAGCGGUGGCGUCGGCCGGAGCGGGAAGCAGGACGGCCGGAGCGGCAGCGGGUACGGGGCGGUGGACGACGACGGGGUGCUGGUUGCCGGCGAGACGCGGAUCAAGCCGUCUGGCAAGUACGAUGACACGUAUCCGCUCGGGCAUGGCGGCGGACGCGGGGCCGAUGGCAGCGCCUCGUUUGUCUUUGCCGUGGUGGCGGACAUGGACCAGGCGUCAAAGGUGGAGGGAAAGGCCAACGCGUGGUCGUCGAUUCUCAAGAUCGGGCGCCUGACGCGAAGCAUGAGCGGGAAGUACGAUGUGACGUGGGUGACCCAGUCGCGGAUCGAGUCAUCGCUGGCGGUGGGUGGGCGGUCGAUGGAGCUCUCGGCCUUGGUGGCGUACAACGGCGGACUGUGGACGUGCGACGACCGGACCGGCGUGGUAUACCAGCUCGAGGCCGUGCUCGCCGGAGCCGAGUAUACGUACACGGCAGUGCCAAAGUACAUCCUAGCCGAGGGUGACGGCGAGACGUCCAAGAACCUCAAGUGCGAAUGGAUGUCGGUGAAGAACGGGCAUCUGUUUGUGGGCGGCUUUGGCAAGGAGUUUGUCAACGACAAGGACGGCUCGAUCACGUCCGAGGGUCCGAUGUGGGUCAAGCUCAUCGAUGCUGAGGGGCGCAUCGAGCACGUUGACUGGCGCGACAACUACCGCCUGUUGCGCAAGGCGACCGGCACCGAGCACCCGGGCUAUCUCCUUCACGAGGCCGUCAUGUGGCACGAGCCGCACGGCCGGUGGUACUUUUUGCCGCGCCGCGUCUCACCCGACGCCUACGACGAGGUCAAGGACGAGCGCCGUGGCUCCAACCUGGUCCUUUCGGUUCCGCCGACGUUCAAGCUCGGCGAUGUGUCGUCGGUCCACAUUGGCGAGAUCGUGCCAUCGCACGGCUUCUCAGCCGUCCGCUUUGUGCCGGGCUUCCCGGACGAGGCCGUUGCCCUCAAAUCGGUUGAGGACGCUGGUAUUGCCGAGACUUACAUUAUGGUCUUUAAUGUCAAAACUGGCAAGGUGCUGAUGCCGGAGACCAAGUUUGGCGACGUCAAGUUUGAGGGCAUCGAGUUCCUGCAGGACUGAGAAACUAAACACCAUCGUAUUGCCUGGAGCAA